UCGGGGGAGUGCCCGGCCAAGGCGGCGUCGUGCAGCGGCUGCCGGUGGAAGGUGCUGGCCAGCUACGACCACUUCCAGGGCUUCGGCUACUACAAGGCCUACAAGACGCCCGUCAACUGGCACGAGGCCAAGGACCUUUGUGCGGGCGAUGGGGCUCACUUGGGCAUCAUCAACAGCGAGAAAGAAGCUCAAAUAUUUAAGUUACUCUACCACAAGGACGGAUUGGGCGGCUGGGUGUUCGUGGGCUACCACGACUUGAACCAGGAAGGAAAUCAUGAAACUAUCUUUGGUGAACCUUUAGCAAAAACCGGAUACACGAAGUGGCAUCCUGGCCAACCAGAUAACUUUUUUGACGAGGAUUGUGGAACAAUAACUUCAGAAGCCUUGCUCAACGAUGGCAAGUGCGACUGGAGAACUGGAUUUAUAUGUGAAGUUUCUGAAGAAAAGGCCCUUGGGAACUAGAUAGCUACUCUAUGAAGCUUUUACAUAAAAGUAAGGUAUUUUGAUGUAGCAAUAAGUGCAGUGUUUCAACGAAUAUCUUGUAAUACUUCCUAAUUAGUAUCAAUAAAUAAAUAAUUGUA